AUGCCGCGCGCUGUCCCCUCCCCAAUCCCGUUCCAAUGGCAAAGCGAGGUUUCUCCACCAAACGACGAACCCUUGCCCUCUCCGCCCCCUGACGACGAGCCUUCCGUCGCCGAGGCCACAUCCCUCGUCCACGCCCGCUGCCUCCACCCCGACCAACUCCAUCAUGCCCCCUUCGCUCGCCUGUCCACCCCCCUCCUGCUUGCCAUCCGCGAUGACGCCAUCAACGCCCAUGUCUUCUCAGCAUGCCCAAACCCCGCUCUGGCAACCGCCGUAACGCAAGCCUGCGUCCUCCACCUAAACCGUCUCGCCUCAGACACGGCCCGCAACGAUGCCAAGUUUUCCCGCGUCAAGCGUCAGUUCGUCCUUCUCUCGCUCCUCGACCCCGCUGCUGUCAUUUCCGCGCUUUGCAAAUGGGCCGCCCGACAGAGCGUGGCCGUACGCCAGGCGGCUGUUUGCGGUAUCCUGACCGCGCUUAGAUGUCAGGAGCCGUGGGAAGGGGCGGAUGUGCCCGCCAUCGUUGUUUGUGUGCGGGAUAUGUUGGCUGCAUGUGCGGAGGAAGAGUUUCCCCCGUUCUGCCAGUUUGUUAAGCAAACGCUCGUGCCUCAGCAGCUGGGGGAGGCGCCGCUAUUUAGAGUGGCGGUGUGCUUGGAGUAUCUUGUAAACCCGCUUUUGGAGAAGGAAGACGCGAAGUGGGAGGCGUUCGUGCGGUGCGUGGCUGAUAGUUGGGAGCCAGGUCGCGCGGUUUUUGAUGAGAAUUUCGAGACGAUUGCGCAUACAACGGAACUGCUGAGUACAUACUGCUCGUUCGAUAAGCGGAGGGCGGGGAAACUGCAGGGAGUUCAAACGGCGUCUGAGACCCUCGUCACGCUUUUGGGAAUCGUUCCGGACGAGACUGCUCGCAAGUUACAGGGCCGAUUACAACACGCUUCUCCUUUCCUGUUUUUGGAAACAGCGCGAGUGCAAACAGAGUUGAACCGUGUCAUUCGCACUUUCAGUGAGGAGGAGAUGAGUCAGGUGGGACUGCUUGAUGAUACGAAGCUAUCCAUCUUUUAUCUACGACAAUGCGAACGUAUCAUUGUUAUGCUCGCCAGUUCGAGAAUGAACUGGCAAGAAGUGAAGGGCUUCCCGCAAGAUACAAAACCUCCAAUGCACACGGCUCUUCGAUCAGUUUGGAUUGGCGCGCUUGCACGCCAACUUCCAUUGCUCACAUUUACAGAAGUAGCAUCCCUUUUCGGGAAUGUGGAGAAAGGUUUUCUCCUGCUCGAGGUCCUCGGUAACGAAAGCGUCAGUCAAGUUGAGGGAUGGCAAUGCUUCGCUCUAUUUUCCCGACUGGCCAUUCGCGCUCUGCUCCUACUGCUACGCAGCGAUCAACUACGUCAACAAGUUUCGCAAAAUCUAUUGUCUGCAUUGCACGUCACAAGAAGUGUUUGUUCCGCGUUUGUUACCACGGCGAGCAGAGACCACCGAGAACAUGUUCCUCCACUUUUUUUGUACUCAUGCUUGAUUUCGGAACUGCAUAUGUUGAUCGCCACAUAUGAAGUGCACUGUGUGUCGAAUCUCGCAGACCAUAAACAAAUAGGAGAUGUGCUCGUGAUGGCAGUUUCGGAGAUUACCCGGUAUUUUACAUUGAAAUGCGACAAAGACGAUGUGGAAGGGGUGGCGCAAAUAGAUGAAAUAACGAGCAUGCUCCAUACUUCUUCGCAGAACAGGCCGUUAAUUAGAAAAACCUCCCGGCGGCUUCUAUCGAUUCUUAGUAAUAGAAGGGCCACCUUUCCUACAAAGCGAGGUAAUAGCUAGUGGAAGUGAUGCUGUUAAGAGUAGGUUUCGAGGGCACACACACAAUCCGAAAUCACAAUCUGUGCAGUGGUAGCACUUGAGUAUUUGAGAGGCGAGCGGUAAGAUUGAUGUGCUCCUAACAAAUGCAACAAAAAGAACUGAUCCCUCAAAAUCACAAGGCUUGGUCCUACGGUA